AUGCCGGCCAAGACGAAGCAGUCGAAUCAGAAAAACCACCCUAACAGUCAAAAGGCGCAGUCGCGCGGCCACACGAGCCGCCACGGAAACGUUGACGAGGCAACGCUCGCGGCUCUCGUGGAGGCGAUUGAGGGCGGUUCUAGCAAAAAAGGAAUGACCAAAUCGCAGGCUCGAAGCCUCGAGGAAAAGCGGGUGGAGUCGAUUAAGCGGAUCUACGGCCGCGCCGGCCAAUCGGAGGGCGGCAUCCUCCCACCCCAGCAGCUCCACGACGUGUUACUCGCGCAGCGUCUGCAGCAGCAAUCCGCGAUUCAAGAAGCGGCCUAUGUGAACGUUCCGAUUCCUUUGAAGGCGGAACAGCAGCGCUGGCAGGAGGUGGCGCCCGGCCGCUACGUUCGCUACGAAUCUUUUAAUCGUGAGAGCAACGACAGCGACGAGGUGAUGAACUUCAUCGUGGAUCUCUUCACCGCGGAGUUGUCGGAGCCGUAUAGCAGCUUUACCUAUCAGUACUUCGUGUUUGGGUGGCCGGAUUUGUGUAUUAUGGCGUACGGCCUCCAAAGCGAUACCCCGCCGGAGGAUUCCGAGAAAGGGGAAAAAGUCGGCGCGAUUGUUUCCCGGGUGGUGCGGGAGGGACCCGGGGAGCCGCUCUCCGGCUACGUGGCGAUGUUCGCGGUGGUACCCCGCUUCCGCGGAUUCCGCCUCGGCCGACGGCUAAUCGAGCUCACCGUGGAGUUGAUGCGCGCGAAGGGCUGCGAUGAGGUCUACUUAGAAACCCCUGUUACGAAUGAACGGGCGUUUUCGUUGUAUACGAGUCUAGGGUUUGUGAAGACGGCGUUUUUGCCGCGGUAUUACCUGGAUUACUCAGAUGCGGUUCGGCUGAAGCUGUGGCUGAAGGACGCGUUACCAAACGACGAGGUCGACGCCCCGGCGGCUGCGGACGCCCCGGAAGAACGGAGCGCCGCGUAA